AUGAAGAUUACUAUUCUUGAUACAUUUUUGGUCCAUUACAUCUUACAAACACUACCAGUGGAAUAUGACCAUUUUAAGGUCUCCUAUAACAUACAUAAGAAUAAAUGGUCAAUGAAUGAUCUCAUGACCAAGUGUGUUCAAGAGGAAGAAAGGCAAGUUGCUAGUCAACUAGACAAGAUAAAUAUCAUGAAUAUGGUAACUUACAGAUCAAAGAACUGUGCAUCAAAAGGCAAUAUGAUUAAAAAAAAUUUAGAGAAGAAUCACAAAUUAGAUGUGACUAAAAGCUCCAUCUCUAAGGUUAAGUGCUUCUCCUGUAAGAAAUCUAAUCAUCUGAAAAAGAAAUGCUCAAAGUACGAGGUUUGGUUAAUCAAAUAG